AUGGCUCAGAGCGACCCGCUCGACGCGUACGGCUUCCUACAAGGUCUGCGCUGGAGCCCACCAGCCUACACCCAUCCGACGGGCGACGAUCGAGACGCCUUCCUCGCGAGCCUCUACGCCAGCCCGUGGGCUCGCACAUUCACCGUCCUUGCAUCCUCUUCGCCACCCGUUCUUGAGCUAUUCACCUCCAUCGGGCUCUGCCUUGGCGGCCAGGACACGCUGCCCCUCUUUGCCCGCUCGACGUACGGCGUCGCGGCGAUGAGCCAUGCCACCGCUUCCACCUCGACCUUCGCCUCCGCGGCAGAGAUGCGCUCGCGACAGCUUUACGACCACGCGCGGUCGUCGGUCUACUCGCUUCUUGGGCCAGGGCGCAGGGGUCAGCUAGCGCUUCGCCAGCGGUGCACGAUCGUCUCGGUCGCGGUCCUGGCCCUGCUGUUUGACGAGAUCGACCGCGGCGUCGCAGACGACAACCUUACGCUGUGGCGAGCCGCGACUGGCCUCGCGCUCGACAGCGACGAAGCAGAGGACCCGAAUGGCAGCGAUGGCCAGACGGACGCCGCCGAGCGCGACUGCUGGCAGGUUCUCUGCCGCAUCGUACUUUGGAAGGAAGUGCUCUACCGCGCCACCAGGGCGGACGGGCUCGAGGCGUCGUUGAAGCCGCUCUUUGCCAAGGUGCGGGCGUGGGAUCGUCAGGAUGCCAGCGGCGUCCCCGCCAGCUGCCAGCGAAGCGGGCUGACGGACAUGACGCCGUGGAGCACAGAUCUGCUCGAGAUCCUCGAGGAUGCGCGGCUGGGUCGGGAACGACGACACAUGAUGGCCCGACUGCGCAUCUGCCGACCUCCGGCCCCGUCUCGACGUCUGUGCCACCACGACAGCGACGAGACGCCGCGCAGCGCCGCGCUCAGGCGGCUCCUCUUUGACGUGGUGCGGCUGACGGUGCAGCAGUUGGUCCAAGGCCACCAGCCGCCGCACAGCGACGUCGAUUUUGCCUGCCUCGCCCUCGGGCUCGAGGGGUUCCGCCUCGCCACGACGCUGCAGCCCCUCGACCUGCUCAACCCUUCGCUCGAUUCGCAGUCGAUCAAGGUGCGGACGGCCGAUUUCGUCGAGAAGCCGCACCACUACUUCCACCUGCACCUCGCCCUGCCGUUCUUUGUCGCCGCGUCCCUCGUCCGUCGACGGCCGACGAGGGCUGCGCUGCUGGCGAGCUUGGACAGGCUGGCUGGGUCGGUGCAGACGCGACGGCGCGAUCGCAGAACGGGCCCAGAAGGCGGUAGCCUGCAUGCUUCCCUCGACCGGAAACGGGACAGUCUCGCGUGCACACAGCUGGUCCUCGAACAGAUGUGGGAGACGGCGGAUCAGGGCGAGGGGCAAGAGCACCUCGGUCUGCACGACUGGGCCAAGAUCCUGGAUUGCUGCGGUCUAUCGCGGGACAAACAGGUGCUCCUCUCCUGA